CUCAAAUUCCUGCGCUCUGUCUGGCCAAUUAUGUUCAAAAUACAUGUAAUUGAAACGGAAACCUCUCAAACAUGACGAAAAUGCCCCUUUAAAUGUAUGUCCCUUUUCGCCUAUUUAAGUAUGUCAUGAAGACCAAUGUUCUCCUUGCUGCCUAUUUCCAUUUGAAUAUAAUUAUUGAUUGGUAAGGACACACAUUUAGGCUUGCUUUGUAGAAGUUACAACCAGUACCCCAAUCAAUCCCCUUCUAAACUGUCCUUUAUAAAGAUAGGAGAGCCACAGAUAAUUUGUCCCAGUGGGAACCUUCAUCCCACGUUAAUUAUUGUCUUUAGACUUAGAUUCACUAAUGGUCAAGUUUCAAUACUUCAACAUAAUUCAGAGCAGACCGGUAAUGAUUAACUUUCACUUCCAAUGGCCUUUCAAUACAUUACUUAUACACUGCGAGGUAAUGAUGCAAUGAUAUAUUGUUACUUAAAUGCCUUCAAAACAAGAGGCUCAUAAAAACAGGAGAGCUCUGCUGUUAACAGUCGGUGUCAGAUAAUGACAUAAAUGCUGUCCAACAAAACUACAAUAGCCACCCGGUGCAACUGAAGUGUACAGGCAAAAGUAAAAUCCGAAGUGAAGAAUUUACAGAACUGGACCUUAAAGGUUAACUGAACACUACAACAACAUGAGAGAUUACGAUGGAAUCACAUCUUUUUUGGGAACAUGGGGACCCUUUCAACUGACAUUGUUUUUGGCAUUGGCUGUCAGCAUCCUGCCCAACGGGUUUACAGGUAUCUAUAUAGUGUUUGUAGGUGACACACCACCUCAUGAGUGCAUUAUUCCAGUUAAGUAUAAUAUCAGCGAGAUGUGGAGAAACGUGACCAUACCCAUGGAGACACUGAAUGGUGUGUUACAGCGUAGUUCUUGCUCAAGGCUCAAACUGGAGACAGUUAGAAACUACUCCACCCUAAAUAUCCUUCCCGAUGUGGAUGUCAACGUGAGUGAAAUAGAACUGGAGGGCUGCUUGGAUGGUUGGACAUACAGCAAAGAGGUCUACCAGUCCACAAUUGUCACUGAGUGGGACCUGGUGUGUGAUAAUGCAUACAAAGUUCCUUUGACUACAUCAGUCCAUUACGUGGGUGCACUGGUGGGGACGAGCAUCUCUGGGCAGAUGUCUGACAGGUUUGGAAGAAAGCCAGCUCUCUUUGCUAUGAUGAUUAUUCAGACAGUGGCAAUGUUUGCUCAGAUAUUCUCUCCAAACUGGGAGGCUUUCACUAUUUUGUUCUUCUUUGCUGGCGCUGGAUCAAUCUCCAACUAUGUCAUAGCAUACGUUCUUGGGUCAGAAGUACUAAGUCCUGGAGCUCGUGUUGUGUUCUCUACUCUGGGAGUGUUCCUGAGCUCUGCGAUUGGCUACAUGUUAAUGCCAGCUGUGGCAUACUUCAUCCGUGGUUGGAGGGGGUUGCUGGUUCCCAUGGCAUGCUCUGGACUCAUAUACAUCCCCUUAUGGUGGUUUAUCCCAGAGUCUCCCAGAUGGCUGCUCUCUCAAGGAAGAGUGGAGGAGGCUGAGGUCAUACUGAGAGAAGCUGCCAGAAAGAACCGAGUCACGGCACCAGAGGUUAUCUUUGAGGAGUCAGAGGUUGAAUAUGCUCAAGCCAUGAGGGACAAAAAAUACAACAUUCUGGAUAUCAUUAAUACCUGCAACAUACUUUCAAUUACAAGUCUGUGUUCCCUUCUAUGGAUGAUCAUCACAUGUGGCUACUUUGCCCUGAUUCUAAACACCUCCAACCUCCACGGGAAUCCUUAUUUUAACUGCUUUCUGUCCGGGGCAGCAGAGGUGCCAGCCUACUUCAUUGCCCUGCUUCUUCUAAGAUCCUUUUCCAGACACUUGUGCCAGUCCUCCACUCUUUUCCUAGGAGGCACUGUUAUUCUCUCUAUUAGCAUGGUCCCAAAAGAUCUCCCAGGAGUGGCCAUCUUCCUGGAGAUGGUGGGGAAGUUCGGCAUCACUGCAGCGUUCUGCGUGGUGUAUGCCGUCACAUCGGAGCUCUUCCCCACCGUGGUGAGGAACAUGGCCAUGGGGACGUGUUCCAUGGCAGCACGUGUCGGGACUAUUAUCUCCCCCUUCAUCAUCUACCUGGGAAAUUACAACAAGUAUCUGCCGUACAUAUUGAUAGGUAGCCUGGCAAUAUUUGGUGGUCUGUUCUGCCUCAUUUUACCUGAGAGUUACGGGAGGGUUUUGCCAGAGACCAUCCCACAGAUGCAGCAUAUCAGAGGGUGUAAAUGCGACACAGACCAAGACAACAAAAAAAAAGAUUUUCAUGAAGAAUCUAGAUUGUAAAUAUUUUAAAGUGUAUUGUGUAUUAUCCCCUAAUAGACCCUUGGUUCAUAUCAACAGAUUGUUAUAGUUAUUAAAAACGUAAUUGGUAUAAAUGGAUGCUUGUUUGUUUGUUUGUUUGUUUGUUUGUUUGUUUGUUUGUUUGUUGUAGAAUAAUGAUAAACAAAAUCCUAUUGCUGCCUAGAUUCUCAGUAUUGCAGUGCUAUGCUGCUUGUGUAUCUGUGACAUUAUUGAAAUAUGUACAGAAAAAAAUUAAGGCAAAUCAACUCGUGUUGAAUGUUAAAGCAUAAGCACAGGCGUUUUAGUUUCACUUCAGUUCAAUAAACAAUGAUCCUGAAGUGUCAUUAAGCAAAUUUUUCCAAUCAUAUUUGUCAAUAAGUAUGUUAAAAACAUCUGAAGACAGAAUCUCUCCUGGAAACACUUUCACUAGCCGUACGGAAUGGGCGUAUAUCCAAACAAGGAUCUUGCCAUUGUUCAGCUGACAUUGUUUCUUGAACUUUUCCAUCAAACAUCAAACAUCUUGUGAUGUUCUUUAACUUUAGGUUGCCUGCUGAGUGUAAACUGUUGAAAUUAGAAUGAGGACAAAAGACAAGUGGUAAGAACUAAUUUGCAUGUGCAAAGUUUGAGGAGCUUCCAGAAAUGUCAAGAGCUGACUUCUUACGACUGGUUAAAAUCAUUUUAUAUCGUAACUUCUCUGUAAUGGCCUUUUACCUGUCACCAUUACAAAGUUCUUUACUUGUAUGGACACACUCCGAAACAGGCCUUUUCAUGCAGUGCAAGGUGUGGAUGGAGGACCACCAGAUCAAGACCCUGUCAAGGCCAGCCCAAU